GCUAUCUUCUCUGGGGAGGAGGAGCAGCAGCAGCCAGCAAAGCGAAAGGAAAAAAACGAGUCCUGGCGAAAACCCAGCAGCGCCAGAGCGCAGCUCUUCCGGAGAGGCUCUCCAUGAAGCCGUGGCUUCUCCUCUCCUGCUUGCUGCCCUUCCUGGGAGCCGGAGAGGGUCGGCAUCACGGGUCCAGGCUGCCUUCGUUGCAUCCCAGGGGCAGAGAGGGGACGGAGGAAGCCGCCUUGCAGGAAAGCAUUAAGAGAAUCAGGCAUUUGAAUUCGUUCUCAUCUAGCGACAACGCUACUGCUGUCUAUGGAAUAAAUAAAUUUUCCCACUUGUUUCCAGAAGAAUUUAGAGCUACUUACUUAAAAAGUAGACUUUUUAAAGUUCCCAAGUAUAUGCCGGGAGCGAGCCUAGAGGGCACGGAAACACCCUUACCAGCAAAGUUUGAUUGGAGGGACAAGAAUGUCGUUACCAGCGUGAGGAAUCAAGAAGCGUGUGGCGGCUGUUGGGCUUUCAGCAUUGUCAGUGGAGUAGAGUCCGCGUUUGCAAUUAAAGGGAACGUUUUGGAGAACCUCAGCGUGCAGCAGGUUAUCGACUGUUCUUACGAGAAUAAAGGCUGCAGCGGCGGCUCUACGGUUACUGCGCUGAGUUGGCUGAAUCAGACACGUGUGAAGCUGGUGAGAGAUGCGGAGUAUUCUUUUAAAGCUGAAACAGGAAUGUGCCAUUACUUCAGCCGCUCCGAUUUUGGAGUCUCAAUCACAGGCUAUACCGCUUAUAACCUAAGUGGCCGUGAAGACGAAAUGAUGAAGAUGCUCAUUAAAUAUGGGCCUUUGCCAGUACUUGUAGAUGCAGUCAGCUGGCAAGAUUACCUUGGGGGCAUCAUCCAGUAUCACUGCUCCAGUGGCGAAGCAAAUCACGCUGUUCUAGUUACUGGUUAUGAUACGACAGGUAGCAUUCCUUAUUGGAUUGUUCGAAAUUCCUGGGGCACUUCGUGGGGAAUAGACGGCUACGUUCGCAUUAAGAUAGGGUCCAAUCUCUGUGGCAUUGCUGAUGUAGUUUCUGCCGUGUUUGUGUGAAGCGGUUGCUCUGAACGCAGGAUCGGUGACAGACAUUUCAAUCACUAUUUUUCCACAAUGUUUUAUUCUUCAGAGGAGACUUGUGGGCAUUCUGACAGCAACAAACAAAAGAAUCCCCUUCCAGCUAGUGCCAUAAAACAUUUAUAUUUGGGAACGUAAUGUCGCACUCUGCAGCAUAUUCCAGACCAUCAAUCCUGCAAACGGAAGAAAUUUUUUAUUACCAGUUCUAGUCUCAGUUUUGGGAAUCUUGACUCCACCUGCGCUUAACACAGCAUUUUAAAUAAGAGCUGAGUGAUUGUGGUCGGAGAGCUGGAUUUAUAUCGGGGAGGCCCGAGCUCAUCAGCUAGCAUUUCCCUGCUGUGCAGCCUUAAGACAAAAAACACACACUCUGCCUCAGUUCCCUGUCUGUAAAAUCCCAUCUUAUGAUAAUUUUGUGAUAACAAAAUACAAAUUUAUAAAACACAAUGCAAAUUAAAGUCAGAACUACAUGGACAUUGAAUAUACAGGGUGCAUACCUCUUAUUCCACCAUUUUGUAUAAUAAACUUGUAAUAAUUGUUUUUAGUUUAUUGUUGAUUUUAUCUUUUGAAUGUUUGAAGAUAUUAUUUUUCUACUGAUUUUUACUGAUUUUGUCUUCUUUUGUAAAUCACUUUGAGGUUAUCACAAUUGUGAUUAAAACAUGACUACAAUUUGGCUGGAUCAAUAAAGAAGUUUGUUUUAAAAAACCACUUUUUAAUUUGCAUCUGUCAUAAAAAAAAGUUGUUAGAUGUCAUCUAUAAAUUAACUUAAAUGAAUUCUCUAUUAUAUGGGCUGACACUUUUGCCCUGUUCAGGGAGGCUUUUAAUGUUUAAUAGAUUACUGUG